CUAUGUUCUACGCCUCCAUUCGCCUCGUCGUCCUCUCUCAGAUAUUCGCUCAGAGAUUCUCUCCCCAUCGUCCACUUGGAUACGUUUCCUUCGGCGUCUCUCCCGCUAAAAUCCGAAUCGCUCCGCUGGGCUUUCAAUUUACCUCGGUACUGGUCGGGCAGCGGAUCGUGGCUUUGUAUUGGAGCUUCUGUGCUCUUCCUCUCGGAGGGUCUGAGAUUGGGUGUCCGAUCUCGGGGCAGGACCGUUUCUGUGAUGUGAUCUUUGUAUUAAUGGCGCUUCUGGUUUUCUGCAUGGAAGGAAAGUUUCGUGUUGCUCCAGCGGUAGUUAAAAGAGCUUGCUUUUCUUACCGUUCAUGGGGUCCCCGGAAAGAUAUGAUUGUUGAUUUCCAGUUGGAAAAAAAUAGCCCUAAAGAAUGGCUUCCCAAGCAAUAAUCAGACGGAAAAAGUACCUCUUGAGGCAUCUGAAUCUUCCUGCACGCUCAUGUUCUAGUUUCUUGAGAUUUGGGCUCGAAAGAUAUAGUCAUGAAACAGACACCAGGCCUCUACAUCAGGUAUCUGAGCAGAGCCGCUGUGAAGCUGAGAUUAGUGGAAGGAAAUGGAAUGUUUUGUUGGCAGGCAAAGAAGAAGAAUCACUGAGCUUUAGUCGAUGGCGUUUUGCUCCUUGUCCACCUGGUGGAAUUUCUGUUUCAGGAUUUAUCCAUGAUAGACGAGAGCUUGCUUUUCCCUUUGCUGUCAGAGGUUUAUCACAGUGCAUUCACACUGCAUCUACAGCCACAGCUGGUCGACCAGUAAUGCGUGGUGAGAAAGAGCCUAAUGAAGAUCUGGCCGAAAAGCAGAUUAAGGAAGCAUCUCCUGAGGAGUGCGAUCAGGCUGUGGAAGGAUUAAGCACUGCGAAAGCUAAAGCAAAAGCCAAACAAAUGCAAGAUUCCUCAAAGACUGCUCAAUCAUUUAUGCACAAGUUUUGGGCAAAGCUUCUGGGAAUUGGUCCUGCCCUAAAAGCAGUUGCUUCCAUGAGCAGAGCAGAUUGGGCUGCAAAAUUGACGCAUUGGAAGGGUGAAUUUGUAUCUACCAUGCAACAUUAUUGGCUUGGUCUGAAACUAUUAUGGGCUGACGCAAGAAUCUCUUCAAGGUUGUUGCUUAAGUUGGCUGCUGGAAAGAGUCUCACUAGAAGAGAAAGGCAGCAAUUGAUGCGCACCACUGCGGAUAUCUUUCGACUAGUUCCUUUUUCUGUUUUUAUCAUAGUUCCAUUUAUGGAAUUCCUCUUACCAGUGUUCCUAAAAUUAUUCCCAAACAUGUUGCCAUCUACUUUCCAGGAUAAGAUGAAAGAACAGGAGGCUCUGAAGAGGAAACUUAAAGCAAAACUAGAGUAUGCGAAGUUUCUUCAGGAUACUGUUAAAGAGAUGGCAAAGGAAGUUCAGACUUCACAUAGUGGAGAAGUUAAGCAGACUGCAGAGGAUUUAGAUGAAUUUUUAAACAAGGUCAGGACUGGCGCACCUGUUUCCAAUGAUGAAAUCUUGAAUUUUGCAAAAUUAUUUAAUGAUGAGCUUACUUUGGACAAUAUCAGCAGGCCUAGAUUGAUCAACAUGUGCAAAUAUAUGGGGAUCCCACCAUAUGGAACUGACAAUUAUUUACGGUUCAUGCUCCGAAGGAAGUUACAGAAGAUUAAAGAAGAUGAUAAGUUGAUCCAAGCAGAAGGUGUGGAAUCUCUUUCAGAGGAGGAACUUAGACAAGCUUAUACCGAACGAGGUCAUUUGGGCUUGCUUUCCACAGAGGAAAUGCGCCAACAGCUUCGUGACUGGUUGGAUUUGUCCCUUAAUCAUGCCGUUCCCUCUUCUCUCCUGAUACUCUCAAGAGCCUUCACUGUAUCUGGAAAGUUGAAACCUGAAGAAGCUGUUGUGGCCACACUAUCUUCUUUACCAGAUGAGGUUGUAGAUACAGUUGGUACUGUCUUGCCAUCUGAAGAUUCUAUUUCUGAGAGGAGGAGAAAAUUGGAGUUCCUCGAAAUGCAGGAAGAACUUAUCAAGGAGGAAGAGAAAAAACAAGUGAAAGAGGAGAAGGUGAAGAUGACAGAGUCUGAAGUCAUCAAUGAGGAUGUAGCAUUGAAGGAGAUGACUGACCCUACUGCUAGGGAAAAAGAAGAGUUGGCUAAAGCAAAAGCACUAGAAAAGCAGGAGCAACUCUGUCAACUAAGCCGUGCAUUGGCUGUACUUGCUUCAGCUUCAUCAGUGAAUAGGGAGCGGCAAGAAUUCCUUAGCCUUGUUGGUAAGGAGAUUGAUUUGUACAAAACAUUACUGGAGAAAGUGGGUACAGAAGGUGAAGAAGAGGCCAAAAAGGCAUAUAGGGCGGCCAGGAAGGAGAGUGAUCAUGCAGCUGAAAUAGCUGUUGGGCACAAGGUUUCGUCAGCCUUGAUAGACAAGGUUGAUGCCAUGCUACAGAAACUUGAAAAGGAGAUUGAUGAUGUAGAUGCUAAAAUUGGUGAUCGUUGGAAGCUACUUGACAGGGACCAUGACGGCAAAGUGACACCAGAAGAGGUAGCCACCGCUGCCAUGUAUCUGAAAGACACUAUAGGAAAGGAGGGCGUGGAAGAACUCAUUGGCAAUCUUUCUAGAGAUAGAGAAGGAAAGAUUCUCGUUGAAGAUAUUGUAAAACUGGCAGCUCAAACUGAAGUUGCCGAUGAGAAGUGAAGCCGAUAGCUGGAUCCUUUAGCUAAUCUUCUGUGAGCUUAUCGACUACAAACUUUUUUUUUAUAUACAUUUUUGUUCCAAAUAUUGUCUUAUAUACUAGUUACCAAUGAAGGUGCUUCAAUGUC